GAUAUACUUGGCAAGAUAGCAGCUGGAAACCUUUAUAAAGAAAAGCCAUACACAAUUAUGCCCCCUUCACAACCCUCAGACGAGCCCCAGUGGCCCCCGCGAUCACCUCAUGAAGUCCUCCUGAGCACUCCAGGCGGCCGUGAGAAACUUCGACGACUUGCCGAGCGCACCUCUCCCUCCCCAUCCCCAGCCAGAGGAAGAACAUCUAGAACGGGACUGUCAGGCCUACCUUCGAGGUCGAAAAACUCCGAUAUUGUAGCAGUAAUGAACUUGGACGGCGAUGACAACGAGGAAGAAGAUGAGGAGAUUCUUCAGCUCAAGCUGCAGGAGAUCCAAGCCAAGCUUAAACUGAGAAAGCUCCAAAGUGCACGUGCAGCAAAUGCCGCCCCUUCCACGAGACCGGAUUCAGGCGCAGAGAGUAGCCAUGCGCGACGGCCCCAAGCCAGGACGGCGGCCGCUACAGUAGCAGCACGUGCAGCCAAGGUUGAAGAUGCGCUUCCGCGAAGCGUCGAGGUCCCAGCCUCGCCAGUCAAGAAAGCCACUGCGCCGCCAAAAUCUCCCAUGAAAGUACAGCUUGGUAUAGACAAGGGGCUGAGGGCCAAGGAUGUGUCAUUGAGGAGGUCUUCCUCUACCCUGCAACAACGGAUGCAGGACGCCAGCGAACGCUCGAGGGCUUCAAACAAUGGCGCCGAGGCACCGGUACGGCCGUUGAGUUUCAGCGAGCGUCUCGCUCUGAAGAGGAAUGAAGAGGCGGCUCAUGUUGAGAAGCAGAAGAGGAUACAAAAGAUCAGAAGCAGCGCGUUCGCGGUGGACAGGGAGGAAAUAGAAAGAUACAAGGCGGUGGCGCAGGACCUUCCGGACCUGCCAGACGAACCUCAGGUCUACAGUCGCGCAGAUAUUGUUGGGGCAGAAAAGCCACAGAAAGAGGGCGGAUACCUGAGACGAAGUAAUACCGCACCAAGCAUCAGGGGUGGCCGGGCAGGCUCCGGUACGGGUGGUGAUAACGGCCAUGCCACCAAGGAGGCGACGACAUCGACGACAUCGACGACAGCGAAAUCUCGGGUCAAGGACGAGGCGUCUUUUGAAUCAUACUCGGGUUUUCAUCUCAAGAAAAGGAUACUACCUCACGAUGUUGUUACGAGGUCCAUCACCGGCAAGAAGGUCUACAAACUAAAGGAUUUCUUGCGCAAAGUUAAAGCACCAACUUGGGAACUACCGGAUGACGAAUGCGAUAUUGUGGCUUUUGCCAUUUUGGCCUCCAAGUCGGCACCAAGAUCACACAAAGCACGAACUGGCAGUGAAGGCAACACGGCGAAUCAAGAGAAUAGGGGCAUGUACAUGAUUAUGACGCUGGUGGACCUCCAAUACGAAGUCGAGUUGUUUCUCUUUAAUAGCGGGUUCGACAGAUUCUGGAAGCUGACGCCAGGCACCGUCUUGGCCAUUCUCAACCCGGUUAUCAUGAAGCCUCCAAAGGGCCGCGAAGCAACGGGCAAGUUUUCGCUCGUCAUCAAUUCGGACGAGGACACGAUACUCGAAAUCGGCACGGCGCGCGACCUGGGAUUCUGCCAGGCCACGAAAAAGGACGGCAACCCGUGUCCUUCCUGGAUCAAUAGCAAGCGGACCGAGUUCUGCGAGUUUCAUUCCAACGAGGCCAUCAACAAGGCGCGCGCGGGGCGCAUGGAGCUCAACGGGGCCGGAUUUGGCGGCGGCGGUGGCGGCGGCGGCAAGGGCAAAAAGUCCAAGAAGGAAUAUGAGCCCUUUAACAACCCGUGGAUGUUUAAAAAUUCCAGGCCGGUCAACUUCGAUCAACGCACAGAGGAGCAAAGACUCGCCGAUGCCAAGAGGGGAUCCUACGAUAGGGAAACACAAUCGCGCGUCUUUGUCAGCCGCUCGGCCAGCUCUGCUUCGGUCAUGGAGCGCGAGGGCGAGUAUCUAGAGAGUCUUCAGCGCAAGGAGGCGCUCAAGCGAAAACUGUUACAGGAGGAACGCGAGGAUGCUGUCGCCAAGAAGCUGGGAAACUUGGGGGCCGGCGCCGGCAGGGAAUACAUGCAGCGACGUGCGGGACAGAAGAGCAACGACCAGCCGCACGUUUUGGCCUCGAGCUUUUCCUCGGAGCAGCAACAGCCGUCAACCAGCGCCGCGGCCCUGGAUCUUCUCAACCGCGCCAAGAACCCGCCCAAGAUAGAUCUAGGCCCCGUCAAACGCAAGAGGCCAGACUCGGCCACGUCCAACUCAACGGCGGGCGGCAGUAGCAGUCUCGGCUGGGGCUCCGGUCUGAGGGACAGACUGAGCAGGAUGAAGGGGCAGGCGACCCUCUCGUUCGACCAACCACAAAAGACAGACAGCAAUGCCGGUGCGGCCAACGCAAACUCGUCUUCCGGCUCCAUAGCGAGCAGCAAAGCAGACCGAUCGCCCGUCCGCAAGAAGACUCGCUUCGUCACGGAAAAGGGCAUACGUGAGGCGGGCCGCGAGAGCCUGGGGACGGAAUUACUCCCAUCAGCUGCGGCUGCAGCUGCAGAUGAUGCAGUGGAGUCCAGGCAAGGGAGACCGCGGCGCGUGGUUGUAGAGGACGAUGACGAUGACGAUGAGCUUGUCAUUGUGUAGUAUUUUUUUCCCCUUUGUCUUAGCAUUGUGAUAUCGAAAUGGAGAGCUUCUGGGACUGGUACAAACGGCGCUUGGUGAAGGGAUUCUUUAUGCAUAUGCAUUCGUAAUUUGGAAGUUGACUACAAAAAAAAAACCAG